AUGUUUUCCCUGAGAGAGGUGAACCCCAUGGUGAGAGGGAUCAGAGUCUCACCACAGGGGGCGCUACAGAGACGUUCAGAACAGAUCACUGCACUGCUCCAACAGGGAGAGCAGAAACCAUUCAAGGAAGUUAUUGACAUUAGCUCAGGUGACUCCCACAGGACCGGGAUAAAACCGAUCUCCUUUGUGCGACAGGUCCUAUCUGUCUGUCUGUACCCUGAGCUCCUGCAUGAUGACACACUUCCUGGGGACGUCAGGCAGAGAGCCCAGAGGUUGCUGGGAGAGUGUGAUGGGGGCAGUGUGGGUUCAUACACAGACUCCUGUGGGCUGCCUCAUGUUCAGCGCAGCGUUGCAGAGUUCAUCACUGGUCGAGACAGAGGAGUGCCCUCCUAUCCCCGUAACAUCUUCAUCUCUGCUGGCUCGCAGACAGCUCUGAAAGUGAUGGUAAAACUGUUGGUGAGAGGGGAGGGGGUGUCCCAAACGGGUGUGUUGACCCCCCAGCCCUGCCACCACACCCUGCCCAUGCUGCUGGAGGAGGUAGGGGCUGUCCUGGUGCCCUACCAGCUGAGAGAGGAGCAGGGCUGGGCCCUGGAGCCGGAGGAGCUGCACCGAGCCCUCACCGCAUCUAGAGGGCACUGCAGGCCCAGGGCGCUCUACAUCAGCAACCCUGGCAACCCAACUGGUCAUGUACAGAGCAGGAAAUCUAUAGAAUGGGUGAUUCAGUUUGCUGCAGAAGAGAGGCUCUUCCUAUUGGUCAAUGAGGUGUAUCAGGACAGUGUGUAUGAGGAGGGCAAGGAGUUUGUGUCCUAUAAGAGGGUCCUGUUUGAGAUGGGUCAGCAGUACUCUGAGAUGGUAGAGCUGGCCUCCUUCCACUCCAUAUCCAAUGGCAUCAUGGGAGAGUGUGGGCUGCGUGCGGGGUACAUGGAGCUGGUGAAUGUGGACCCAGCAGUGAUGGUGUUUGCUGAGACCCUCCUGUGUACUGACAUCAGUACCCCCGUCACAGGACAGAUCGCCCUAGAAAUAAUGGUUAACCCUCCUAGACCUGGAGACCCCUCCCAUCACAAGUAUACACAGGAGAUUCUGAUCAAUCGGAUCACCCUGGCCCAGAAUGCUCAGCGGGCUUGGGAGUUUCUGAUUGGCCUUCCGGGGGUGAGCUGUCAACCAGUGAUGGGAGGUAUCUUUAUCUACCCCCGUCUGAGCCUUCCCCCUGAGGUAGUGGAACAGGCCAAGUCUGACGGACUGGAGGCAGACGUGCUGUACUGUCAGAGCCUACUGGAUGAGGAGGGUGUGUGUGUGGGAGCAGGGUGUGAGCAUGGGCAGAGAGAGGACAAAUACCACAUCAGACUUUGCCUGCUGACCCCCUCUGCCACUCUAGAGAAGGUCCUGGCACGCCUCGGCUCAUUCCACCUGCACUUCCUGGACCAGUUCUCCCAGCAUGCUUAGGGAGCGGCAGUCACAGUCUGCCACAGACUCUCUCCAGGACAGGGAACUGGACUGAACUGAACAUUCUGAACACACUCUACUGGACAUCUACCAAAGAGAGAGACAAAGGCCCUAUAAAUGAUUGACCAUGGUGAACCUAGAAGUAAACAAAAAUGUAAUAG